CGGCUGGGGUGGACGGUGCACUGUGCGCAGGCGCGGAGCUGGACCUCGCUGCAGCCCCCAUUGCCUCGGGGAGUCGCACCCACCGAGUCCGCCUGCUGGCCCGUCAGUGCUCUUCCCUUCGUCCGCCCUCCCGGGUUCCCCUAGCGCUCUACGCGCCGGGAUGGCGGAGCUGCGGCCUAGCGGCGCCCCCGGCCCCUCCGCGCCCCCGGCCCCCGGCCCUACUGCCCCUCCGGCCUUCGCCUCGCUCUUUCCCCCGGGACUGCACGCCAUCUACGGAGAGUGCCGCCGUCUUUACCCUGACCAGCCGAACCCGCUCCAGGUUACCGCUAUCGUCAAGUACUGGUUGGGUGGCCCAGAUCCCUUGGACUAUGUCAGCAUGUACAGGAACGUGGGGAGCCCUUCUGCCAAUAUCCCUGAGCAUUGGCACUACGUCAGCUUCGGCCUCAGCGAUCUCUAUGGCGACAAUAGAGUCCACGAGUUUACAGGAACAGAUGGACCUAGUGGUUUUGGCUUUGAGUUAACAUUUCGUCUGAAGAGAGAGACAGGGGAGUCUGCCCCACCAACGUGGCCAGCAGAGCUAAUGCAGGGGCUGGCCCGAUAUGUGUUCCAGUCAGAGAACACUUUCUGCAGUGGGGACCACGUGUCUUGGCACAGCCCUUUGGAUAACAGCGAGUCGAGAAUUCAGCACAUGCUGCUGACAGAGGACCCACAAAUGCAACCGGUGCAGACACCCUUUGGGGUAGUGACCUUCCUCCAGAUUGUCGGUGUCUGCACUGAAGAGCUGCACUCGGCCCAGCAGUGGAAUGGGCAGGGCAUCCUGGAGCUGCUACGGACUGUGCCUGUCGCUGGCGGCCCCUGGCUGAUAACUGACAUGCGGAGGGGAGAGACCAUAUUUGAGAUCGAUCCACACCUGCAACAGGAGCGAGUUGACAAAGGCAUCGAGACAGACGGCUCUAACCUGAGCGGUGUCAGCGCCAAGUGUGCCUGGGAUGACCUGAGCCGGCCCCCCGAGGAUGAUGAGGACAGCCGGAGCAUCUGCAUCGGCACACAGCCCCGGCGGCUCUCUGGCAAAGACACAGAACAGAUCCGAGAGACCCUGAGGAGAGGACUCGAGAUCAACAGCAAGCCCGUCCUUCCACCCAUCAACCCUCAGCGGCAGAAUGGCCUCACCCACGACCGGGCCCCGAGCCGCAAAGACAGCCUGGAAAGUGACAGCUCCACAGCCAUUAUUCCCCAUGAGCUGAUCCGCACACGGCAGCUCGAGAGUGUACAUCUGAAGUUCAACCAGGAGUCAGGAGCCCUCAUUCCUCUCUGCCUUAGGGGCAGGCUCCUGCAUGGACGGCACUUUACGUAUAAAAGUAUCACAGGUGACAUGGCCAUCACGUUUGUCUCCACGGGAGUGGAAGGCGCCUUUGCCACCGAGGAGCAUCCUUACGCGGCCCAUGGACCCUGGUUGCAAAUUCUGUUGACUGAAGAGUUUGUAGAGAAAAUGUUGGAGGACUUAGAAGAUUUGACUUCUCCAGAGGAAUGCAAACUUCCCAAGGAGUACAGCUGGCCCGAAAAGAAGCUGAAAGUCUCCAUCCUGCCGGACGUAGUGUUCGACAGUCCGCUGCACUAGCCUGGGCUGGGGCCUGCAGGGCCGACAGGGAGCCCGGCCACUCCCAGGUGACUUCCAGUUGUAACAACUGCGUAAAGGAGAUUCCCACAAAUAAAGGACAAGUGUGAGGAUGACUGCGCAGCCACCGCACCCGCAGCCCUGUGGGACACCAUGCACGGGCCACAGGCCCCACCUCACCUCCUGCUCAGGGCCCUGGUCCCCCUGGGCCAGUGUGUGGGCCAAUGAAACCCUGGCCGCCUGCCGCCACCACAGGCUCUGGUUUGAGAUUUGACUCUGGACCCUUGAGGUGCCCCUAGGGGGAGCAGGCUUCGUUGUCACCCACCCGCUGCCUGCGGCACAGCAGGAGGAGGUGCAGGGGUGCACUGCCCAGCUCAGCUCUCUCGCAAGCCUUUGCUAGACAAGCUCCUCCGGCCGCGGAACAAAUCCUCCCCUCACGUUUGGUUUCCUUUCUCCUUAUUUUAUUUUGUAGAAACCGGGUGGUAUUUUAUUGCUCUACAAAGAUGUCCAGAAGCCGUGUACAUAAUGUUUUUUAAACAGAACUUUAUUCCCAGGUGAAUUUUCUCAUUCUCUCAGACAGGGGCCUGGGGCUGUGUCUCCCCCUGCACUGUCACCAGAGGUGACCACUGUUGGCCUGCCAGCCCAGGGCCUGGAGGAGAUGGCUUCACAGACACUCUUUUCUUCCCAGUAGGCCUGGUGGAGUCUGGGCAGGGGGUGAGAAGAGAUGUCCCCAUGCAACCUGGAACCCAGGUUAGAUGGGACCAGCAAGGGGUACUGCUCUUUUCAAAGUAAAUUGGGCUCCCUCUGGUUCCAGGGACUUUCAGGGUCUCAAAGACUUGGUGGCCCCAGCCUCACCUUCCAGGCAUUCCCACCAACCUGGCCUGCCCGGGAGAGGGCAGGGCCCACCCCUCACAGUCCAUCCUCAACUGCAGCUCAGGGCCUGGGUCUCCAGCUCUCACCCCUGUCCCAUUGCUUUGUUCCAUGGGCUUCCCAGCCUCUAGGCUGCAGGACUCUGGGUUAUUAAUAACCAGAAACUCAACCUCUCACCAUCCCUUUCACUUUUGGUUUUGCCAACACUGCUCCCUGCCACCAUGCCAGCUACCCUGCAUCCAUUUAUUUCUCAUCUUCCAUCCCCAUCCCCAUUCCUUGUCCUGUCUCCUUGCCUGUACCCCAGCCACUUAUGCUCCUUGAUCCCAAACCCCAAGGACUACAAAUCUCAGGGCCUGCCUUCCAGAAGUCAACCAAUCUGUGGCCCAUGGCUUUGGGGUUCCUCUUGGGUUAUUUCCCACCCCUGUCCUGGAAUGAGCAAGCCCUUUUCCUCUUACUCUGACUCCAGGGACUGCUACUUUAAGCCCACCCUCUGGACCACUCCAGAGCAAAGUUAUUUUGUGUGUCUGGGACCAUGCAGAACUCCUCUCUGCCUCUGCCACCCACACAGGCACCACCACAGUGCCCCAGGAGGCCUGUAAGGGUACAGGACCUCUCUGAUGAGAGAACUGGCCAAAGAGCUGCCCCCAUGGGUCAUGAGGCCACUGGCUAGGCUCCUCGGGGAACUAGAGUUGGACCUCCAAGGGGCACCUUCUCCUGCACACCCCCAGGGCUAUCGGGUUAACUCCAUCAGUUUGAAAGCUUCAAAGCAGAUCAUCCUGGAGGGCUUGGGGGAGAUAAGCUCCAGGCCCCCCAGCCAAGAUAUAAGCCUCCCUGGACCUGAUGUCAGCAGCAGCUGUGCCUUUUACUGCCCUGAGAGCUUUUCCAAAAAGCUGUGCACUGGCCUUGGCUGCUGUUGCCACCGCAGCCCUGCCUCUGAAGCUCUUGUCUUGUUACUGGCAGAGAGGUGCCAUCUGUUUGUCUCCAUUCCUUGCCAUCUUGACCAAACCGUCCCUGAACUCUUUUCUGGGGAUAGCUUGAGGGCUCCCUGCUGCAACUUCCCCGGCCUCCAUCUACUGGUUUGGGUGAGGAGGGACAAUUUUCUGAGCUAAGCAUUCUCAUCAGUGAGGCAUCUGGUCAACAUUUGCCCCAGGCCUACAGGGCCUCCGCAGACUGGCACCAGCAGCCUGGUGGCCCAUUGUUGGAGAAGCAGGGGACAACAGGAGGAAGCAGGUGAGCACUGAGAUGAUGAGCUCAGGAAGCCUGUGGCCCGAUUCUGCCUCCAGCAUGUCAGGAAACUAUGAACACCGAAGAUCCUGCAGGGGCCAGGCCCGCAUCAGUGUUCCUGCUAUGCGUUGCUCUAGGAGGAUGGCAGGGCCUCUGCUGCCUCUGAGCAGGCCUUUCCCUUGAGCAAUGGGGAACAAACCUCAGAGUGGAUCAAGGAGGUGAGGAGCCUCCCUGCCUGCGUCUGCCUCUUUUUCAGGCUUCUUUGAGGUUUGCCCAGAUCUGCCCCAUCCUUCAAGGUCUCUGGUGCUAGUGCUUCUGAGAAGGCGGCCCCCCUUGCUGUUUGCCUGCUGGAUAGGGCAGACCAUGGCUCCCCAUAUGGGCUGCAAGAGGAUCACAAACCCAGCCGUCCUGGGGACACUGGGAAGGCUCCUGCAGGGUCUCAGGUCAGGCAGGAGAGCUGCUGCACCUUCCUGCCAGUCUCUUCCUCUUCCGAAGGCGAGGUUCCAGGACAGGGACUAGGAAGACCUUGGGGAGAGUCUAUAAAAGGGCUAGAGCAUUUUAAAAAAUAGACACAGGGUCUUGGGACUGGAUUUAGAGAUUGAAUUGAGAGCAGGGAGAAAACCUGGAGUCAGUGCCCCUGUGGGGCAGACCGUAGAGGGUUCCCGCGAUUGUAUUUUUUUAUCCAUUCUUCCUCUCUGGUUUUCAGGACCUCAGCACCAGUGAGGUGCCUGGUCCCUGUGAUGUCAGGAGCCCUGUAGGCAGGUCCCUCCUUUUGUACCAGUACCUGAGUGCUGCAACGAACAGACUUUUGUAAGGUUUUUGUAAUUUGUUUUUAACGUCAGUGGCGACUCGGUUCCUGGGGCUGCAGACAGCCAGGGACUUUUGUAAGAAUUUUUGGGUGACUCACUUAGAUGUCGUUUCCUUGCCCCCUCUUCCUUUGUGUAAUCUAAGUGCAUUAAACGUAUUUGCAGAAGCGCCUGGGUCCUGUGCUCCUUUCUGGCUGCCUGGAGUAGGGAGCAGGAAGCCUGGGGCCCUGGCAGAGGGGCUGGGUUGGGCUCAGCCGUUUAGAAGGAGUCAGGAUGGGGAGGUCCCAAGGACUGUUGGGGGAACUUGUAGGGCAGUGCCAGUGCUUCUUCAGUCACACCCAACUGACUUGGCAGGGCCAGGCCCUCCUUUUCUGGUCUUGACUUCCUCUAAGGUCAAGGAGCAGGGAACAGCCUGGGGGGAUAAGUAGGUGGGUAAAGACCCUCCCCCUGCCACUUCACUCCUCUUCCACCCUCCUCUCACCUAAAUCCCCUUUUCAUUCGGGAAGAGAGGCCCCCAGUUUUGGAGUUCUUGCUCCCUCUCCUAGUAGCCACGCCCUUCACCAGGCAUCUCUGUUCAACCUCCUAAUCUAGGGCGGGGGAGCAGCACUGAGCUCAGAUGGAAGGGCAGUCUCUGAACCAGUCUCCCCCAACAGGUGACCAGCGGCCAGCCCUGUCUUCCUAAACUCCUGCAGGGCUGGGCUGGGUGAGGGGUUGGGUGUCUCUGGACUGCCCAGCCCCUGCCUCUCCAGAAUUUGGAUGCUGCAAAACAGAGCCCAGUGCCCCAGACGCUGGGGUUGGGCAAGGCACCUCCCAGGCAAGCAGGAUGAGGUCUGUCCUCAGGGUUCCUGGAACCUGUGGGACCACCCAGGGCCCUCCCACAUCCUUUCUAGGUGCUGCUUUCUGCCUUGGGGAGUGGCAGGGCCUUUCUUCUGUCCCUUUGGACACAGAUAACGCCCAGCAGAUUCUGCUGGAGCUGAUGGCAAAGAUAUUGGGACAUCACAAGGAGGGAGGAGUUAUCAGUCCCAUGAAGGGACUCUUAGUUCUGUCCACCCUCUAAGAGAUUCAGCUGUCUGGGAACCUUCCUGGGAGGAGGUCCAUGCCCCGCCCUCCCCUGUGACCUCUUUCUGAACUCUGGCAAGUGGCUGACCCCUAGAGCAGUGGCAGGUCCUGUCUGGGGCCCUCAGUCCCUCUGGCAGUCAGAACAAGGGAGCAGAGCAGGGAGGGGCCUCAGAUAGGCUGAUAACCCCGGGGCAGCCCAGGCCACACCUUCCCUUUCCCCACUGAAGAUAGAUAGGGGGUUGUAGUGCUUAUCUCCUCCUCCUCCUCCUCCUCCUCCUCCUCUAGCCUAACAAGGACCCAGGGUCAGAGUGAAAGUCUUGCACCUGAGAGUGCAGAACAGCCAGAUCCUGUGCUUGGGUGGUUCUGGGAGGCAGGCCCGGGCUGGGGUUCCUGCUGGAAAGAGAAGGACUCCAAGGCCUAAAGCAGAGACCGGAUCCCUAGAUUUAGCAGGGUUGUGUGUGUGUGUGUGUGUGUGUCUUUAAUGGCUCUGCUCUUCCAGGUGUCUGCUCUGCCCCAUCUCAGGGCCCCUGGGGGCCCUGGGGAGGGGAAGCCACAGGCUCAGGGGGCCCAUGAGGCUGGGGAGCCUGAGAGAUUUGCCAAACUGGCCUGACCAGAAGGAGAGUGCAAUCUGGAAGUGACUCAACCUGGCCUGCCAGGCAGUGAGGCAGCUGCAGGCCGCAGAGAGGGAGGAGAUGGGGAGGCU